AUGGAAGCUUUGAGAUUUAUCGGCCAUGUGCCCAUAUUGUCGAAUGGUGCAUACAUCAAUGGAGGGUCUCCUCCUAACAUCAAGAAGGAACUAAACAACAAACCAAAACCCCUUUUCUCUACUUUCCCCCCACUCGCCAAACUGUCUACCUUAACUUGCACCCCUUUCCCCUCGUCUCUCCAACGUGACAUUGCAUCUUGCACCGACAUCUGCGACCGUCUCGCCUGGCGCCUCUUUUCCCUGCAAGGCGAUCUUUUAGCACACGAAGAUAUUCUUCGUUUUGCUUCUGACAAAGGCGAAUCUUUCAACGUGCUUCGUGACCUCACUCUUGCAGUAAUUGAUUGCAAAGCUGAAAUCUCUCGUACAACCGAGCUCUUGACUGCCGCUGAGAACCAACGCCGCUGUCUUCUAGCCCGUGCUGACCAGAUCCUUGAACUUCAGGAACGCCAUAACGCACUGUGCCUAGACUUUGAACAUCUCUGCUCGUCUCUGUCCUUGGAUCCCGCUCUGCUCUCUGAUUUCGAGAAUCGUCUUCGCGAACAAGCAGAUAUUCUGUUCCCCUCUCGUCCUUCCACCCCUGACAGCCUCCCCGAACUUGAAUUCCAAAAUUAA